AUGAUGUGGAUUCUGACCCGCAAUUACAAAGCCCUUUCGAAGGGGUCCCGGGGCAGCACUUCUGGUUUCCUGAACAUUGUGAUGGAGCUGAAGAAGUGUUGUAAUCACUGCUACCUCAUCAAGUCGCCCGAGGAAAACGAGCAGGAGAAUAGCCAGGAGAUUCUGUUGUCCUUAAUCCGGAGCAGCGGGAAGCUCAUUCUUUUGGACAAGCUGCUGACCAGACUCCGGGAGAGAGGGAACCGGGUCCUUAUCUUCUCCCAGAUGGUGAGGAUGCUGGACAUCUUGGCGGAGUAUUUGGCCAUCAACCACUACCCUUUCCAGCGCCUCGACGGCUCAAUCAAAGGCGAGAUCCGAAAACAGGCGCUGGACCACUUCAAUGCCGACGGCUCCGAGAGGCAGCUACUGGAAACGAGACUGCCCCAGGGGUGUGGGGAUUUGUCCAGAAUAUGGCUUGCAAAACGGUUGACCCGCACGUUCUCCUCUUCCUCCCUCCCAGACCGGGGCGAGUGGUCGAGGGAUCGCAAAUUCAACUACAGCGGCAACGUCAACCAGAUGUGGGGCGGAGAGCGGCACCACCAGUACGAACAGCACUGGUACAAGGAACACCACUACGCGGACCGGCGGCUGCGCGGAGAGCCUCACCGCAGCUCGGGGAACUACCGGAUGAACAACCUGUCCCGCAAGAGGCCGUACGAGCCGUACAAUAGCGACCGAGACUACCGAGGCCACCGGGAUUAUUACGAGAGACACCACCAUGAUUCCAAGCGAAGGAGAUCCGACGAGUUCCGGACCCCGAAUUACCACCCGCAGGACUUCCGGAGGAUGUCAGACCACCGGCCUCCCAUGGGCUACCACAGCCAGGGUCCUUCUGAUCACUACCGGUCUUUCCACCCAGACAAAUCGGCCGAUUACAAACAGCCAGUGCCUCUGCCUCACUCCCAAGUCUCGGACCCCCGCUCCCCUCCAUCGCAGAAGUCCCCCCACGACGCCAAGUCCCCCCUGGAUCAUCGCUCCCCCUUGGAGAGGUCGUUAGAACAAAAGAACAAUCCAGAUUAUAACUGGAGCACCCGGAAGACAUAGAGGGCGACAGGAGGAGAGGAGAGGGAGGGAGGGAGAAGCGCUCUUGACCCGAGGUAAACAGCAGCUGUUGGUUUACCAGUCCUGGACUCGGAGAUCCCGAUCAGGCAGCCGUUGGUUUGGGCUUUGUGUCUGAAGGAGGAUCGUAGGAGCCGGACAUAGUUCAGGGCAUGUGGAUUUCUGUCCUGAUCCGGAACAUGGGGGCGUUGCUUUCCUCGCACCGUUGAGGAAAGGCCAGGCCUGUUGGGUGGUUUCCAAUCCAUUUUCAUUCGGGCGCCCGGAGGGCCGAAUCGGACGGACUGCCGCGGACUCCAGGGAGUUUGCCGUCGUUCUCCGGGUCCUCUGGCAACUUUGGAGUUCGGGUUCAGGGUGCUGUCGGAGGGAACGUGGCCUUGUAGCCCCAGUAGCUCAACGUGUGAAAUGGGGCCUGGGGAAGGGGUGGAAUUCAGGUGGAAGGACUGACUCGUAAGCUGGGCGAAACGGCCUUUCAGUUACAAACCAUAAUCUUCUGUGGGCGUCAUAAAUGAGGGCCUCCCCUUGAGCCCGUGAUUCCAAACAAACCAACAACAACAACCUGGAAGACACGUGAAUGCCUUGCCCUGAGGACUUCUUGUUUCCCUUCCAGACUCGCCAUUUCUCACUCCGUUUUCAUUUCAAGGUGCUGCAUACACAGCAGGAGAAAGCGUAAAUGGAGUAUUUUUUUUUUGAAGGAGGUCCCCUGAACAUGGGGAAGAAGGGUCCCUACAUAUGCUAGAGAGGAAUCCCCGCUGGUGGGUUAAAUUACUCCUUCCCACGAGGGGGAGAGGAAGGGUUGGACACUUGGAGCAUGGCUUUGUGGGAAAGUUUCAGCGUCCCCCAGUGGUGGUUCAGCGUUCCCCAAGCCUUCGCUUCUCCCUUUCCCCCAUUUUCGCUCUUUACAAUAGCUAUAAGGCUGACUCGGAGGUGUGACACAGAUUUUCUCAACAGCAGAGAAAGCAUGGGUUGGUAGCCCAAACCGGACUUUUCAGAUCUCCAGGAGUGUUUCAAGAUUGCUGCCGGAGUGCUUCCUGUGAGAGCACAGGCGCCCUCUAGAGGGAGUGGAAGUGCACAGCGUAGAGAAGGAGUUGCCUGGCUCAGAAGGGGCCGGCUCCGCCAUUUAGGUACAAGCUCAUACCAGUCAACAGUCAAGGGGGAAGGUAAACAUCGUGAGCAUCAGCUUAGCAGGAUCUUCAUUGGCGCUUGUGCAUUUGCGGGCCGCCUCCCAAACCUACACACAGUGUCAGGUUUUUGUGUUAGCUCAUCCUGUCGACUUGCAAGGAGAAGGAAAGCGAGAAACCCUCCCUGACGAACUCAGCUAUGUAUUAAGGCCAAACAUGAUGUAUUAAGGUCCCAAGCAUCAAUGCAAGAUGGGCAUGCCUCAGACGUGUUUUGGAGCCGGCCUGGUACUCCAUCUGCAAGCGCCAGCUCGAGAUUUCCUAUUAGACACACAGGAAGCACCUCCCACCUUAAAAAAAACCCCAUCUUGAAAUAAACCCUGCAAACCGUGUUUUUACUUUCUGGGUGGCCCCCAAGUUUUAACACCCGGCAUCUCUGCUGCCAGGUGACUUCCAAAAGUGUUGCGUGCAGGGGUGAACUCUUGAGUGUU